AUGGGGUCGGACAAAUUAUUGGUUCUUUUUUGCUGUUCCCUCUGGUUUGUGCUUGGCGGAAGUAGCUCGGUGGGUAAGGACGCCUGGCUACGUCCUGGCUGCCACAAAGUUGGAAAUACAAGAAAGAUUUCUAUUCCCGACUGCGUUGAAUUCACCAUAACAACCAAUGCGUGCCGCGGAUUCUGCGAGUCAUAUUCAGUGCCCUCGGUUCCCUGGACAGGUUUAUCGCUAGCUGUUAUAUUCAAACCACCAAAGCCAGUAAUAAGUGUUGGACAAUGCUGCAAUAUGAUGAAGUCAGAAGAGAUACAACGUCGCGUAUUAUGUAUAGAAGGUAUUCGGAACUUCACCUUUAAAAGUGCUGUGUCCUGCAGCUGUUAUCACUGCAAAAAGGAUUAGAUGAAUGCAGAACGUCUUUUUUCAUGCCUGAGCCAUCUUUUAAUAAAAUUUAGAAAAAUGCUUGUAUAAAAUUCAAUACCACCGACCUUACCUUACAAUUACUCGUGUAAUAUAAGAGUAUAUCGAAUUCGUGCAACAAUUUCUAACACGUAACAAUUUUUACCUACCAAACUAGCUAUCCUUAUGUUUUACUGUUUCUAUGUAUUAUAGUUUUUAGUUCUUCU